CCUGCAGUCCCCGAGCGAGCGAGCGGCGAGCGGAGGCCGAGCGCGCCCCUUCCCGUCGCGCGAUGCUGCCCUGGACGGCGCUCAGCCUGGCCCUGAGCCUGCGGCUGGCGCUGGCGCGGAGCGGCGCCGAACGUGGCCCCCCAGCAUCGGCCCCCCAGGGGGACCUGCUGUUUCUCUUGGACAGCUCGGCCAGCGUGUCUCAUUAUGAGUUCUCCCGAGUUCGGGAGUUUGUGGGGCAGCUGGUGGGCCUGCUGCCCCUGGGCCCUGGGGCUCUGCGUGCCAGCCUGGUGCAUGUGGGCAGCCGCCCGUACACCGAGUUCCCCUUCGGCCAGCACAGCUCAGGUGAGGCUGUCCAGGAUGCCGUACGUGCUGCAGCCCAGCGCAUGGGCGACACCAACACUGGCCUGGCACUGGCUUACGCCAAGGAGCAGCUGUUUGCAGAGGUGGCGGGGGCCCGGCCAGGGGUGCCCAAGGUGCUGGUGUGGGUGACAGACGGCGGCUCCAGCGACCCCGUGGGACCCCCCAUGCAGGAGCUGAAGGACCUGGGUGUCACUGUCUUCAUCGUCAGUACUGGCCGGGGCAACCUCCUGGAGCUGUCAGCUGCCGCCUCUGCCCCCGCUGAGAAGCACCUACACUUUGUGGAUGUGGAUGACCUGCACAUCAUUGCCCAGGAGCUGAGGGGAUCCAUUCUCGAUGCGAUGCGGCCACAGCAACUCCGUGCCUCUGAGGUCACGUCCAGCGGCUUCCACCUGGCCUGGCCGCCCCUGCUGACCGCAGACUCUGGCUACUACGUGUUGGAGCUGGCGCCCAGCUCCGAGCCGGGGACCGUGCGUCGCCAACAGCUACCGGGGAACGCCACGGGCUGGGCCUGGGUCAACCUCGACCCUGACACCGACUACGAGGUGGCGCUGGUGCCCGAGUCCAACGUUCACCUCGUGAGGCCGCAGCACCUGCGGGUGCACACGCUGCCGGGUGAGCGGGGCGCGGAGGGCGGGCUGGGCGGGGUGGGGGGACCCGCGGGCGACCGGGCGGGGCGGGGCGGGGCGGGGGCAGGCCUAGGCCCCGCCCCCGCCCCCCCCCCAGGGGCGCCCUCCCCCCCCCCCCCCCCCCCCGCAGAGGAGGCCGGGCCGGAGCGCAUCGUCAUCUCUCAUGCGAGGCCGCGCAGCCUGCGCGUGAGCUGGGCGCCGGCGCUCGGCGCGGCCGCCGUGCUCGGCUACCACGUGCAGUACGGGCCGCUGCUGGGCGGGGCGGCGCAGCGCGUGGAGGUGCCGGCGGGCCGCAACAGCACCACGCUGCAGGGCCUGGCGCCCAGCACCGCCUACCUGGUGACCGUGACGGCAGCCUUCCGCUCGGGCAGCGAGAGAGCGCUGUCGGCCAAGGCCUGCACGCCCGACGGCGAGCGCAGCCGCGCCCCGCGCCCCCAGCCGCCGGGGGCCGGGGGCCGGGAGCCGUGAGCCGGCCGCCCCGCCCACCCGAGGGCCCCCUUCUCCCCA